AUGGCGUCCGAACCUCUAGUCUGUACAGAGAUCUCCGACCAGUGCCCUAUCAAAUACACAGUCUACGGCUACCUUCCAGCUCUCUGGGUAAACUCCCUUCUAGUAGCCCUAUUCGCAAUCGCCUUCUUCGCCAACAUCUACCUCGGCAUCCGCUUCCGCAUCCGCGCCUAUGCCGUCGUCCUAGCCUUAGGCUGUCUCGCCCAAGUCAUAGGCUAUGGCGGACGAAUUGGAAUGUACUUCCUACCAUUCAACGUGAUACCCUUCCAAAUACAGGUCUGCUGUCUCAUCAUUGGUCCAGCCUUCAACAGCGCAGCAGUCUACCUCAUGUUGAAAUACAUCGUGGCACUCUUCGGACCCGAGUGGUCAUUGCUCAAGCCGAAGCUGUACACCAUUAUCUUUAUCGGUGCGGAUAUUGUAUCAUUGGUUCUUCAAGCUGCAGGUGGCGGUAUCGCAGCGACAUCUAGGCCUGGAGAUCUGGAUGUAUUGAAUGUUGGCAAUGACAUCAUGAUGGCUGGUAUCGCCUUCCAAGUGGUUACGCUGUCUGUGUUUGUGAUUCUGGCUACGACAUUCUGUGUUCGACGAACGCUAGGUGCCAAAAAGUUUCCCCUGGCUGGUCAUGCACUUCAGACAUGGGAGAGUGCACGAUUUCGUUGGUUCACCGCCGGUCUUUCUACUGCGUUCCUGACGAUCUACAUUCGUUGUGUGUACCGUAUCGCUGAGAUGCGAGGUGGUUGGGGUAACGAGAUGAUGAAGGAGCAGAUUCCUUUUAUCAUCCUUGAGGGACUUAUGAUUCUCAUUGCGACAGCAGCACAGACUAUUCUUCACCCCGGACACUUCUUUCCUCAAUUCAUGAACCAAAAGCUUCAACAAGAGGAUUCAUCGGAGUCGUACACUGAACUGCAUGCCACACCAAAGUACACGGUUUGA